CAGUGUAUUUAAUAAAUGACCUGUCUGCAGAGUUUCUCCUCCUUCCUCUAGUCAAAGAUCAUAGAUAGAAAACAGCUGCUCUCUCCAUCCAGCUUCCCUUGUUAAACAACAAGUUAGUUGUAACAGACUGUUAGUAAAUACAGGGGAAGGAAAAAGCUCGUAAGCUGAGCCUGGUCACAUUGCCUAGUGUGAUAUAGUUUUAUUUUUAACAUCCAGGCACUUGAGCUAUUUCUGCAGAAGUUUUCUCUCAGUCUCCCCUUAUUCCCUGUCUCCCCUGGGGCUCUACUUCUCUUUUCAUCAACCAUCUGUUCCAAGCCAGGAGACCUAUGUGUGGUAGUUGUCCUUGCAUGGGAUAUAUGAUUAAGAGCUAAGAAGCAAGAAGACGUGUCAGCGAUAUGGGUAGGGUCCAGAGACCUCCAGCCGGACAGCACCGACAUUGUGAGAAAUGUUUCCAUCGACAUUGUCAGGUUCCAAUAGAGCCAAGUAUCUCCUGUUUGGUGAUCAAUUGUCGCCGGCUUUGUGGAGCAACUUUUCACAUGUGCAAGGAGGAAGAACAUGAGUUACUUUGUCCCCUAGAGCAGGUUCCUUGCCUCAACUCUGCUUAUGGCUGUCCUCUCUCUAUGGCUCGACAUAAAUUGGCAAAGCACCUUCAGGUCUGCCCAGCCAGUGUGGUCUGUUGCUCCAUGGAGUGGAACCGUUGGCCAAAUAUUGACUCAGAAACAAUUCUUCAUGAGAAUAUCAUGAAAGAGCCCCACAGUGAGGAAUGUUUGGACACAGCUCUGGCCAUCCAGGAUCAAAACAUCCUUUUUGGCUCCCUGAAGAUGGUGGAGCUUUUCCCUGAAUCCAGAGAGCUCACUGAGGAGGAAUUGGAAAUGGACAGUGAUGCCAUUUCGGAGGAACAAGGAGCAGUUGGUGGGGUGGAAUUUCAUUCUCUCUCAGCAAGUGGAAUGUCACCUAAUGGCGAGAUGAUGGAACUGAGCCAGCAAGAACGAGAGGCUUUGGCCAAAGACAAAGAAGGGAUGGAUCUGGCCAGUUUUGGGAAAUGGGAAAACAUUUUCAGCAAAGAGCAUGCGGCUUCAAUGUUAACAAAUGCAUCAGCAAAUCCUGGGGGCAAGAGUAGCCAGGACGCAGGGAAAGAACAAGCUUCCAGUCAGGGCAAUGCUUCCGAGAAGGAUGCUAGCAUGGAGAAGGAAGGUCAGGCAGACCAAAACAAGGACCCGUACAGGAACAUGGAAACGACGGGACUCGCACCUUGGCAAGAUGGAGUAUUGGAAAGACUGAAGGCAGCAGUGGAUGUAAAGGACUAUAAUAUGUACCUGGUGCAUAAUGGGAGAAUGCUGAUCCACUUUGGCCAGAUUCCUGCUUGCACACCCAAAGAAAGGGACUUUGUUUAUGGCAACCUAGAGGCUCAGGAAGUCAAGACUGUCUAUACCUUCAAAGUUCCACUCAGCUACUGUGGGAAGAGGGCCCGACUUGGUGAUGCAAUGGGAGCUAGUAAGCCUAGUGAACACAAGGCCACAGAUACCUCAGAUUUGGGGAUUGAUGUAGAAGAACUACCAAAAUCGGAUCUAAUCAGAACCACCCUUCUGUGUGCCAUGGAAAGGGAGCUGAAGGGCCACAUCAUCUCUGAAUCGAGGAGCAUCGACGGACUCUUCAUGGACUUUGCCACCCAGACCUACAAUUUUGAGCCAGAGCAAUUUUCCUCAAGUGCAGUACUGGCAGACCUCACUUCUGAGAGUCCCCCAGGGCUCCACGUGGAACUCCACAGUGAAUGUGUGACCAGAAGACAUAACAAGAGUAGCUCAGCUUUUACUUUUACUUGCAACAAAUUCUUUAGGAGGGAUGAGUUCCCGUUGCAUUUCAAGAACAUCCACUCUGAUAUCCAGUCGUGUAUCAAUGGCUGGUUCCAGCAUCGCUGUCCACUGGCCUACUUGGGCUGUACCUUUGUUCAGAGUCAUUUCCGACCUCCGGGGCAAAGAGCCAAAGUGAUCUACAGUCAGAAACUCAGGACGUUUGCCAUCAAGCCUGAGGUUGCUCCAGAGCUGGGGCCCAGAGGGAACAGCCAGAGGUCGCUGACCAGCCUGCCCCUCGAGAUACUGCAAUAUAUUGCAGGGUUCCUGGAUAGCGUCAGCUUGGCUCAGCUGUCCCAGGUGUCGGUCCUCAUGAGAAGCAUCUGUGCUACACUCUUACAAGAGAGAGGGAUGGUCCUCUUGGAAUGGAAGAAAAAGACCUAUUCCCAUGGGGGCACUGGCUGGAGAGCAAACAAAAAGAUCUGGCAAUUCAGCAGCCUUUUCUCCAGAAUUAACAGCUGGCAGUUUAACGAAGUCACCUCCAUGUCGGAGCACUUGAAGACUUGCCCUUUCAAUAUUGUGGAGCAUAGGACAGACCCAGUUCUUCUGACCAGCAUGUGUGAGCAACCCAAGCAAGCCAGGAAGAGCUUGGUCUCUACCUUCAAACCUAGAGCAUAUUGAAGAAAUCCCUCAGAAGGUGCCUAUUCUAGUGUUGUUCUGUCUUCCUCCAGCCUCCUGGAAGGAGAACAUGUUGUGAUUUUGAGGAUCAGCUUCUUGUGUCUCUGUGGAACACUGGGUUCUUAGAUGCUUCAGCCAAUUCACAAAGCAUAAUCACUCUUUGUUGUAGCUUUUUAGGUUUCCUAUAUUAUUCCCAUCUCCACCUAGUAGGUGAUUAAUUUAAUUUCUUUUCUGUGUAAGAAAUCAGUCCAAAGGAUAGCUUAUUGGAAAAGAAAGUGGCUCAUUAGGCAAUCAGGAAACUAAAAAGAGAUUACAGGGAUCAGGAGAGGAGAAAGUAAAUUAAUCACGCAAUAGGAACAGUCCUGGCAGCCCUCCUUAUGAACAGGGUUAACCACCAUUCAUUAAGGCAUUAGAGAAGUUCCCAAGCUGAGUGCCACAGGGGCAAGAGUCUGCUCAUAGAUGGAAAGGAUAAACUGGGGGACUUCAGAGUUGCAGCGAUUUGGAGAAGUGCCUCUAUGGGCCUAGAAAUAUGGCAAGGGCCACAUAGGUGGAACAAGUACACAGAACAAAUACACAAGAAUACAUUUCUAUGUAUAACUACAAACAUUCAUGGAAAGUGUUUUGGAGAUUCAAAGCCAAAAUAAAAUUGUUCCUGCCCUCAGAGGAGUUUAUUAUAAUCCACAGAUUUUAUAACCCUUGGUUUCUCCCACUCUCAUCGGGGUCUUUCCUUGAGAAAGGGAGAGAAGAAUAAAAGAAGAGAGAAAAAGAAAGAGAGAGAGAAAGAAAGAGACAGAGAUAGACAGAGACGAGACAGAGAGAUGAUUACAUGUAGAUAAUGGAGAUACCAAACUAGCUGGCAUUGGAGUAGCUGUGUUUAGCUUCAAAUCUGGCAUGAAUAACUUAGCACUGGAUGUCACCAUUAGGAGAAAUGGAGAAAACACUGGAAUCUAUCAUUUAUAGGGAUAAGCCAUGGCUUUGGGCAUUAGUCUCUUUUUCAUAAUGAUGUAGAAUUUUUGGAAAUCUGAUUUUCCUUAUUACAAUUCAAUACAGUCCACAAAUAUUUAUUAAGAACAGUACGAGACAUUGUACUAAAUUUUAGGAAUAUGGAGACAAAAUGAAAAAUAAUCUUUUUCCUUAAGGAACUUACAACCUACUGAUUGGGCAUACAGAAUAUAAGCAAUAAGUCCACAUGUGAUCGUUUGAAUAUAUAGAGAACACUACUCCCCACUGUUCUAAUAACAUUGUGUUCUUUUGAUACAAGGCACUAAUUUUUUCAGAUUAUAACCACAGCGAGAUCUUUUUGUAGUUAAAUCAAGCAGUGAAAAAAGUAACUAAGAAUCACAAAUGAGCACAUUGCUGCUUAACAUUAAAGAAUACUACUUCAGAAUCUGGCUUGUAGGUUCUAUAUGCGCUCUGGCCUAUAGGCAGGAAAAGUAA